AGAUCUGCUUCACUAACAACAAAACAGAAAUACUGAAGGUUUUCCAUCUUCAUUCUAGUUUUAUUUCACCUUUUUAAAUCUAACUGAACUGUUAAUAUUUAUUCAUAUCACUUAAACUUUGAUUCUAGAAGCAAACACAAGUUACUUGACUUCCUGUGGAUACAGAAACUGAAACUAACUUUGUUCAGUUUCUUCAGAUCAGCCUACAUUUUGAGCGGAGGACAGACAUAAGACUGCUGAGUUGUUAACAGAGGUAAGUGUUGCCGCUCCAUGUCCAUCUCCAUGUCUCUUGGACCGGGAGCUCCAAGAGACAUGGGUUUCAGACACCUCGACCUGGGUUGCUCGGCUGUCAUAAGGCGUGGUCCCCGCAGCAGCGCUCUAUUUACUUUAUUGAAGAAAGAAAAUAGAUAAAAUGAAAAACUUUAUUGUGAUGCUAAGUGAGGUUACAUUAUGCAAAUAUAAGUAACAAUGAGAGAAAUAUUGAACAAACUAUAAACACAAAGCUCAGUUACUGCGAAGUUAACCUGGUGAAUGAUCAGCUAUGAUCUACCAAGACAGCAGCAUCUAAAGUUGAUCUGUUUGUGUGGAUCAAUAAUGACAUUUUCACAUUUAAGUAAACUGAGAACUUAAUGUAACUUUUACAGUCCAUCAAUGUUCUUGCUGCAGUGACUCUCUGGUGUUUUAACCUAAAAACCAGAACUAAAACAUUGUAAACUAGUUUCUCUGCUUGUUGAAAUCAACAGGAAGUGAAUCACAUCACUCCGUCCCUCAUCAAUCUGGGGUUCAUCAGAAACUGAUGUUUCUCUUGUCUGUGGAUCAGAACCGGCUUUAAGCAGUCCACAGAUUUCCUCUCUUCGUCCUCACAGAGUUUUGUCUUUUUCCAGGUUUUCUUCUUGUUCCUCCUUGUAGCAGGAAGCCAGAAAACUUCAAUCUGUUCACCCCUAAAAUUAACUAUACUUAUAAAUGGAAAAAUAAUAAAAUAAAUAAUUUUAGGGGUUGCACAGUGGCGCACAUGGUAGCACUGUUGCCUUGCAGCAAGAAGGUCCUGGGUUCGAUUCCCGGCCCGGGGUCUUUCUGCACGGAGUUUGCAUGUUCUCCCUGUGCAUGGUGGGUUCUCUCCGGGUUCUCCAGCUUGCUCCCACAGUCCAAAAACAUGACUGUCAGGUUAAUUGGUCUUUCCAGAUUCUCCUUAGGUGUGAGUGUGUGUGUGCAUGGUUGUUUGUCUUGUUUGUCUCUGUGUUGCCCUGCGACAGACUGGCGACCUGUCCAGAGUGUACCCUGCCUCUCGCCUGGAACGCAGCUGGAGAGGCACCAGCACCUCCCAACCCCGUUAGGGAGAAGGGUGACCGGAAAAUGGAUGGCUGGAUGGAUAAAUAAUUUUACAAACAUUUUAAAUCAGUUGUAACAAACUGGUUCCUAACUAAAAUAAGUUGUGUUAAUGUGUCGCUUUAUUUUGAAGUUCAAUCAGAUCAAUAGACUAAAUAUGUUUCAGGCCUCAUUAAGUGAGGGGGGCUUCAUCUCCCUAUUGAAGCAACUGUUUACCCAUAAUUCCUUGCAGUGGGUUGUCGUGGAAAAAAUCUCUUUCCAAGCACUGUCCAGGUCACAGGUGUCAAACUCCAGUCCUCGAGGGCCAGUGUCCUGCAACUUUUAGAUGAGCCUCUGCUGCACCACACCUGAAUAGAAUAAUUAGGUCAUUAAGGCUCUGGAGAACAAGGAGGAGGUAAUUAAGCCAUUUCAUUCCAGUGUUUUGUACCUGUAGCACAUCGAAAAACUGUAGGACAGUGGCCCUUGAGGACUGGAGUUUGACACCCCUGGUCCAGGUAGAAUCACUCAAUCAGGUUUAUUCAUGCAUUGUGCACAAUACAGAGAGCUCAUAAGACAAUCAAUAAUCAAGCCAGUCUAGAUGCAAGGCUCCCCCAGCUCACAAAGCUCUCCAGGCCGAGGGAGCGUGUAAGUUUUAAAACAAUGAUAAGGAAUAAAAAACAAUCUAGUCCUGACGCAGCUGUGGAAAGCAACCUUCCAACCUCGUACAAGUAACCCAAAUCAUUCUUUUGGUGAGAGUUCACAAACAUUUCAUAUGACCUGACUAGCAGAUGUGAUUUCAUUGUAAUUUUUAUCAUGACAGGGUCCAGCUGAUACCUCAGCUGGAUGCUGUGGUUCCUGAAAGCUGCUAUGUGUCUUUUUUGCUGAGAGGAAAUCCUGCUGAGCUGCACACAGAGGCUGACAUGUUGUUGGACCCGGUUGUCUGGAGGAGAGCUGUGGACCCAACCUGAGCUGCUGCUCCCUCAGAACCUUCUGCACACUGACUCCCUCCAUACAGAGCUACAACAGAAUCAUGAUGCGUUCAAGUCUGCUGUGGGAGCUAAAUAAGUUCACUAGUUCAUAGGAAAUGUUCAGUCAUUCAUUCAUAUAAUUCACUCUGAUCCUCUGAACACAUGAUGGGAACCACCUUUUUGCUUCACAGAACAGUUACUAUUGGUGAAUGGUAACUGUCCAGUGAAUUGGAUCACUGGACUGACUGGUUCUGGUUUCUCUCUCCAAAAGGCCAGAAGAUGGAAGAUCGGCAUUGGGAAAAGAACAGUGCAGAACCUCCAGACUUCAGGACUGAACUUGGUGCCUCAGACAGAACGAGGAGGAAGUUUGGGGAAAGAUCCAGAACAGGAGCUGAACGGCUGACAGCCAAACAGAGCAGCCGUGUUCCAGAGAAAAAACUUUCCAAGGUUCGCCCUAAGUUUGUGAAGAGAGUUUCUGAGGAAAUCCUGAAACAGCUUCUCGAUGACCUUCUAUCAGAUGGGAUCUUUACGUUUUCAGAGAUAGAGGAUGUACUGCAGAAGAACCAAACCAGAGCAGACAAGGCUCGUGACACCAUAGAUGCUGUGAUGAAGAAAGGACAGAGAGCCUGCAGAGUGAUGAUCAAACGUCUUCAUCAAAUGGAUCCGACUCUGUCCAAGCAGCUGGGUUUGUCCUCUGACUUCCUUGGUCCAGAUUUUGAUGUUCAGUGUCAACAGAAGCUUAAAAACCAUCUGAAGAAGAAACUCCAAAGUCUCUCUGAAGGUGUCGCAGAACAUGGAAAUAAAACCGUUCUGAACCAGAUCUACACUGAGCUCCACAUCACAGAGGGGUUAACUAGAGAGGUCAACCAGGAACAUGAAGUCAGACGCAUUGAAACAGAAUCCAGGAAACAAGAAACAAUCAGACGAGAAGACAUCUUUAAAGUACCACCUGGAAGUGAACAACCAAUCAGAACAGUGAUGACCAUGGGAGUGGCUGGCAUUGGGAAAACACUGUUAACACAGAAGUUCACUCUGGACUGGGCUGAAGGCAAAACCAACCAGAACAUAGAUUUCAUAUUUCCAUUCACUUUCAGAGAACUGAAUAACUUGCAAGAAGAAAAGUUCAGUUUGGUGGAACUGAUUCAUUAUCACUUUGAGGAUAUUAAAGAUGGAGGAAUCUGCAGCUUUAAAAAGUUUCAGGUUCUCUUUAUCUUCGAUGGUCUGGAUGAGUGUCGACUUCCUCUCAAUUUUGAUGAUAAUUUGAUCCUGACUGAUGUUAAAAAGUCCACCUCAGUGGAUGUUCUGCUGACAAACCUCAUCAUGGGGAAAUUGCUUCCCUCUGCUCUCCUCUGGAUAACCACACGACCUGGAGCAGCCAAUCAGAUCCCUGCUGAAUGUGUCGGCAUGGUAACAGAGGUCAGAGGGUUCACUGACCCCCAGAAGGACGAAUACUUCAGGAAGAAAUUUAUAAAUGAUGAAGAGAAGGCCAGCAGGAUCAUCUCCCACAUCCAGAAAUCAAAAAGUCUCUACAUCAUGUGUCACAUCCCCGUCUUCUGUUGGAUCACUGCUAAAGUUCUGGAGGAUGUGAUGAAGACCAGAGAGAGAGAGAAACUACCCAAGACUCUCACUGAGAUGUACAUAGAGUUCCUGGAAGUUCACUUCGCAAUCAAGAAGAAAAAGUUUGAUGGACGACGAAAAACAAAAUCUAUCUGGAGUCCAGAGAACAGAAAGUUGAUUGAGUCUCUAGGAAAACUGGCUUUUGAGCAGCUGCUGAAGGAAAACUUGAUCUUCAUUGACAAAGACCUCAAACAGUGCGGCAUCAACAUAGAAGAUGCUGCGUUGUUCUCUGGAGUGUUCACUGAAAUGUUUGAAAAGGAGAGUCGGGUGGGCAACAAAUCAGUCUACUCCUUUGUUCAUCUGAGCAUCCAGGAGUUUCUGGCUGCAGUCUACAUGCUCCACUGCUUCACCAGCAGGAAGUCAGAGGAGAUCAAGACGUUCCUGGGAGAAGAAUACAAUGAAACAUCUCUGGAUGAGUUCAUGAAGAAAGUCAUGGAGAAAUCCCUAAGCAGUGAAAAUGGCCACCUGGACCUGUUUGUCCGCUUCCUUCAUGGUCUCACUGUGGAGUCCAACCAGAGAGUCUUAGAAGAUCCGUUGGGUCAGACAGAGACCAGUCCAGAAACCAUCCAGAGAAUCAUCACCAACCUGAAGAAGAUGAACACUGAUAGAAUCUCUCCUGAUAGAAGAAUCAACAUCUUCUACUGUCUGGUGGAGAUGAACGACGUCUCAUUUUAUCAGGAGAUCCAAAGGCUGCUGGAUUCAGGGAAGAAGCUCUCAGAGACUGACUGUUCAACUCUGGCCUUCAUGCUGCAGAUGUCAGAGGUUCUGGAUGAGUUGGACCUGGAGAAGUAUAACGCGUCAUAUGAUGGACGACUGAGACUGCUUCCAGCUGUGAGGAACUGCAGAAAGGCUCGACUUGGUGGCUGUGAGCUCUACAAGGCUGAAUGUGAAGUUUUGGCCUCGGCUCUGAAAUCCAACCCAGAUCUGACUGAACUGGAAAUCAGUGAGAUCUUCAUGCUGAAUGGUGAAGACUCUGAUAUGAAGCAUCUGCUCGAGAUCCUGGAGAAUUCAGUCAGUAAAGUGAAGAAUCUGAGAUUGAAUGGCUGCAGUUUAUCAGAGACCAGCUGGACGUCUCUGUUCUCAGCUCUGAAGUCCAACCCGACCCAUCUGACUGGACUGAACCUGAGUAGAACCAACUUGAAAGAUUCUGGACUGAAGGAGCUCUGUAGUUUUCUACAGAAUGAAGGCUGCAGACUGGAGACAUUGCAAUUGAUAAUCUGCAGUUUGUCAAAGAGCAGCUGUGAUUAUUUGGCUUCAACUCUGAAGUCCAACCCGACCCAUCUGACAGAACUGGACCUGAGAGGAAACGGCCUAAAGGAUUCAGAUGUUCAGCAGCUGAAGGAUCUUGUAAAUACUGUAAAGUGGAAUUCCAUCAUCAUCUCCUAUAUAGCUCCUUACAGCGAUUUUGACAAUCUUGAUGAUUCUGAUGAUUUUGAGGAUCCUGAUUAUCCUGAUGAUCCCUAUGAACCUGAUGAUUUUGAGGAUCCUGAUGAUCCUGAUGAUCCCUAUGAACCUGAUGAUUUUGAGGAUCCUGAUGAUCCUGAUGAUCCCUAUGAACCUGAUGAUUUUGAGGAUCCUGAUGAUCCCUAUGAACCUGAUGAUUUUGAGGAUCCUGAUGAUCCUAAUGAUCCUGAUGAUUCUAAUGAUCCUGAUGAUUCUAAUGAUCCUGAUGAUUCUAAUGAUCCUGAUUAUUCUGAUGAUCCUAAUGAUCCUGAUGAUUUUGUGGAUCAUGAUUAUUCUGAUGAUCCUAAUGAUCCUGAUGAUUUUGUGGAUCAUGAUUAUUCUGAUGAUCCUAAUGAUCCUGAUGAUUCUGACAGGUGGGACUGAUGAUCUCUGUAAAGUAGAGAAUGGUCUCUGUGUCCUGCUGAUCCUCAGAGGUUGAGGCUGCAGCAGUUUGAAUCUAAAGAGACUCUGACUGGAUCUUGAUAAUGACCUCUGACCUCAAAGAUGUCCCUCCUGUUUAUUUUCUUAUGUCUGUCAUUUAGUGUCUGAUAUUGUUUGUCUCUUUGAAUCAAUAAAGAUCCAAUUCAAAUGGGGCUCCAUUUAGAGCACAGGUGUCAAAGUACAGACCUCAAGGUGUCCUGCAGUUUUUAGAUGUGCCAUAGGUACAAAACACUGGCAUGAAAAGGCUUAAUUACCUCCUCUUUGUGUAGCUAAAUUCUCCAGAGUCCUGCUAAUGACCUAAUUAUUCAGGUAUGAUGCAGCAGAGGCACAUCUAAACGUUGCAGGACACUGGCCCUUAACGACUGGAGUUUGACAACCCUGAUUUAGAGGCUUCAUGGAGUUUUGAUCUGAACUAGAUUCAACUGGAAAGUUUAUCUUUUUUCUCUCGGGUUUAUUUUCGUCCUGGAACCAGAAAUGGUCUAAGAAUGGAAACAUGGGAGUCAUUUUCAGUUCAGGUUUGAAGUCAUGAAAGACACUUCAAAUCUCUUUUCUCUGCUGCUUCUUCCUUCUGUUGACAUGAAAAUGUUUCUCAAAGCUCCACAGAUAAAAAGAUGCUUUACUGGAAACUGCAGAGAAACUUCAGCUUCCAUCACAGAAAUCAGUUUACCAGUUUAGAACUGUAUGUCCCACAGAAACUGACCUUUCUUGUGGGACAUCAAUCAGCUUUCGGGACCAGUUUUCAGGAACAUCCAUCAUUUAUCUGGAUAAAUAAAAAAAAAGACUUUACAUGUUUUUAUCUUUUUAUGUUCAUUCUAAAAUCUAAAUAAUGACAUUUUGCAUCAUCAUUGAUUCUCAGCUUUAAGUUUUCUCACUUUGUUUUGGUUUUUACUUUUUCAACUCCAUAUUUCAUGUUUUGAGUUUUCUAGAGAACUUCAGCAUGAAAAGAUCAGUCCCUCUGUGUAACUCUUAUCUUUUUUUUUUGUUUUUGAGGACCAAACUCCAAAUCCAGUGUACUUUCCUGUGUGUAGUGCAUCAUUGUGGCACAUCGUGUGAAAAUUUCCGAGCCUGAUGUUACAUCAGGCUCUUUACUGUAAUUUACUGAUUUAGUCAGUCCUCACAGAAUCACUGGAAUGAAUUGCUGAUUGGUUCAUGAUUGUUUUUUUAUAUUUCUUAUGUGAUAUGGGUUCGUGGGUAUUUAACGAU